AAUCUUCAGCUAGCUCUGGAGCGAGGAGCGAGGAGCUAGGAGAGGCGGCUCCCAACCCCAGCGCUCACCCCCGCCUACACCCUGGGCGGGCCGAAGUGUCACGUUUGCGAGUGCUCAGGAAGGAUCCGGCCCGUCUUCGGAGGCAAGCCGGUCAGGCUGCGGUUUCUGCUGCCUAUAAGGAGAGGCGAUGCCAAGCGGGUAUGCUGCUUACUAGGCAGCACCCCAUCAGGAUCCGACUGCAUUAGUAAGCCUUCCCAGUCACCUGAAGCCACCUACGGGCCGCGCGUUCCUCGUACGCACCAGCCACUGCUUCCCAGGAAUCUCAUUGGAACAGAACCAUGGGGCAUCCUCCGCUGGAGUUCAGCGAUUGCUACUUGGACAGCCCCGACUUCCGUGAGAGGCUCAAGUGUUAUGAGCAGGAGCUGGAGAGGACCAAUAAAUUCAUCAAAGACGUGAUCAAAGACGGCAACGCGCUUAUCAGCGCCAUGAGAAAUUACUCCUCUGCUGUUCAGAAAUUUUCCCAGACGUUGCAGUCCUUUCAAUUUGAUUUUAUUGGAGACACUCUGACUGACGAUGAGAUUAACAUUGCUGAAUCCUUCAAGGAGUUUGCUGAAUUGCUCAAUGAAGUAGAAAACGAAAGGAUGAUGAUGGUACAAAAUGCUAGCGAUUUGCUGAUCAAACCCCUGGAAAAUUUCCGGAAGGAGCAAAUAGGUUUCACAAAGGAGCGGAAAAAGAAAUUUGAAAAGGAUGGUGAAAGGUUUUAUUCUUUACUGGACCGGCACUUACAUCUGUCAUCUAAAAAGAAAGAAUCUCAAUUACAAGAGGCAGAUCUCCAGGUGGACAAAGAGAGGCACAAUUUCUUUGAGUCCUCCCUCGACUACGUUUAUCAAAUCCAGGAAGUUCAGGAAUCCAAGAAGUUCAAUAUUGUGGAGCCAGUCUUGGCCUUUCUUCACAGCCUCUUCAUUUCCAACAGCUUGACUGUGGAGCUCACACAGGAUUUCCUUCCAUACAAACAGCAGCUGCAGCUCAGUUUGCAGAAUACAAGAAAUCAUUUCUCCAGUACCCGGGAAGAGAUGGAAGAACUUAAGAAAAGGAUGAAAGAAGCUCCCCAGACAUGCAAACUUCCAGGACAGCCAACCAUAGAAGGCUAUCUCUAUACACAAGAGAAAUGGGCCUUGGGAAUAUCCUGGGUGAAAUACUACUGCCGUUAUGAGAAAGAGACCAAAACACUCACCAUGAUACCUAUGGAACAAAAGCCAGGUGCUAAGCAGGGACCCUUGGAUUUAACCCUGAAAUACUGCGUGAGAAGGAAGACAGAGUCUAUUGACAAGAGGUUCUGUUUUGAUAUAGAAACUAAUGAAAGACCAGGUACCAUCACUCUGCAGGCUCUUUCAGAAGCUAACAGAAGGCUAUGGAUGGAAGCUAUGGAUGGGAAAGAACCUAUCUACCACAGCCCCAUAACGAAACAGGAAGAAAUGGAGCUGAAUGAAGUGGGGUUCAAGUUUGUUAGGAAGUGCAUCAAUAUCAUUGAGACUAAAGGCAUCAAGACAGAAGGCUUGUACCGCACUGUGGGCAGCAAUAUUCAGGUUCAGAAGCUGCUGAAUGCCUUUUUUGAUCCCAAAUGCCCAGGAGAUGUUGAUUUUCAUAAUAGUGACUGGGACAUUAAGACAAUCACCAGCUCCUUGAAAUUCUACCUCAGGAAUCUUUCUGAACCUGUCAUGACCUAUAGGCUUCACAAAGAGCUGGUCUCUGCUGCCAAGUCUGAUAACCUGGAUUAUCGGCUAGGAGCUAUUCACUCCCUGGUUUAUAAGCUACCAGAAAAGAACCGUGAGAUGCUGGAACUUCUGAUAAGACACUUGGUCAAUGUGUGUGAGCACAGCAAAGAGAAUCUCAUGACCCCUUCCAACAUGGGGGUGAUCUUUGGGCCCACCCUGAUGAGAGCUCAAGAGGACACUGUGGCUGCCAUGAUGAACAUCAAAUUUCAGAAUAUUGUGGUUGAAAUCCUAAUUGAGCACUUUGGCAAGAUCUAUUUGGGUCCACCAGAGGAGAACACUGCACCCCCAGUGCCUCCACCUCGAGUGACAGCAAGAAGACACAAACCAAUCACAAUUUCAAAGCGAUUACUGCGAGAAAGGGCGGUUUUCUAUACUUCUUCCCUGGAUGAAAGUGAAGAUGAAAUCCAACAUCAAACACCUAAUGGUACUAUCACUAUCAACCUAGAACCCCCGAAGCUGCCACAACACCUCAAACUACCUAUGCAGAGGAGUGGGGAAGCUGAUCCCGGGAGAAAGUCUCCAAGCAGGCUUAUUUCAGAUGGCAAAUUGGAGCCGUGCCCUGAGGUGGAUGUGGGAAAGUUGGUGUCUAGGAUACAGGAUGGAGGGACCAAGACUACCCCAAAGGCCACCAAUGGACCAAUUCCAGGCCCUGGCCCCACAAAGACCCCUUCUUUCCACAUAAAGAGACCAGCUCCCCGACCCCUGGCUCACCACAAGGAAGGAGAUACUGACAGUGUCAGCAAAGUGCGGCCUCCAGGAGAAAAGCCAACGAUCAUCCGUCCCCCAGUGAGACCCCCAGACCCUCCCAGCCGGGCAGCUACUCCCCAAAAGCCAGAACCAAAGCCAGAUAUUGUAGCUGGCAAUGCAGGGGAAAUCCCAUCAUCUGUGGUGGCUUCCAGGACCCGGUUCUUUGAAACAGCUUCCCGGAAAACAGGAAGUUCUCAAGGCAGACUUCCUGGAGAUGAGAGUUGAGGCCACAGGUUUUAAAAUCCUUGGCCUCAGGGAUCCUUUCCAGGUCCUGAAAGGGUCUACUUCAAAGCCUUGUGUCCUGAGACAUUUUGUGCUGAAGAACAGCUCCUUCUUGGCCCUGCACCUUCAGGCUCAUGGGAAGCCAAAAAUAAGGGGCACAUGUCCUAGACACAUGUUUAUUUCUCCUUUGUAUUCUGUCUUCAUCCCCUCAGAAGGUCUGUAUUAAGCUCCUAUAACACUGUGAAUGUCUGGAUUCCCUCAAGCCCCAGACUCUGCCAAAACCAAGAUAUCCACUGACCUGAGUCGAAGAAGGGAGCCUAGUUUUCAACUCUUCUGUGAACUUCCUGCUUCCUCAAAAGGCUGUCGAACUCUCAAGAUUUGGGGCUAAAGACUGGUCUUAGGAGUCUUGCUCUGAACUAAAGGCAACUUGAUUUGGGGUCAUUGCUUACCUUGGUUGAAGGGGAGUAGGAAUGUUUGCUGAAUAUUGGAGAAUGUUAACAUGUCUCUUACUGAGGAUAUGGGCACUGGUGCCAGGUUGGUGCUCUGGCAUUGCAAUAUGUUGCUAAGAGCCUGUCUGCUGUGGGACCAGACAGCAUGGGUUAUGUCCUUCACAGUGCUCACACCCUGCAUGGACUUAGGAAGGGGGCCUUCCUGCUCUUGCCUACAGCCACUUAGGACAAAUCUGCAAAGCAUGUUUUGCAUGUCAAAGCCUAGGUCUAUUUGGAUUAUCCUUCCUGUUUUCACCUGAAAGCUUC